AUGUGUGUACCCCUGCCGUACGUGUGUGUACCCCUGCCGUACAUGUGUGUACCCCUGCCGUACGUGUGUGUACCCCUGCCGUACAUGUGUGUACCCCUGCCGUACAUGUGUGUACCCCUGCCGUACAUGUGUGUACCCCUGCCGUACAUGUGUGUACCCCUGCCGUACAUGUGUGUACCCCUGCCGUACAUGUGUGUACCCCUGCCGUACAUGUGUGUACCCCUGCCGUACGUGUGUGUACCCCUGCCCCACGACUCCGUGAAGCUGAUCAAGUUCGCGGACGACACCACCCUCAUUGGACUCAUCUCCAACAACGAUGAGUCCGCCUACAGGAGGGAGGUGGACCGGCUGGUGUCCUGGUGCAGUGGUAACAACCUGGAGCUGAACGCCCAGAAGACAGUGGAGAUGAUUGUGGACUUCAGGAAGAGCACUGUCCCCCCGCCCCCACCCUCCGUGAUGGACUCCCCCAUCACCUCUGUGGAGUCCUUCCGUUUCCUGGGCACCACCAUCACCCAGGACCUCAAGUGGGAGCCGACCAUCAGCUCUCUCAUCAAGAAGGCCCAGCAGAGGAUGUACUUCCUGCGGCAGCUCAGGAAAGCCAAGCUGCCUGCACAGAUGUUGGUGCAGUUCUACACGGCCAUCAUCGAGUCCAUCCUCACCUCCUCCAUCACCGUGUGGUUCGCUGGAGCCACAGUCAGGGACAAACAGAGACUACAGCGCAUUGUGCGCUCUGCAGAGGAAGUGAUCGGCCGCAGCCUUCCAUCGCUGCAGGACCUUGUUUACAACUCCCCACCGCUAACGGCCUUCAGCGCUUGUGCAUACGAUAAGACAUUUCCCAGUAGCGCCCGGGUAAGUAGGGCCCUCGCCGCGCCUCCGUUCCUGCUGCUCGUUCUUCAUGUGGAGGUUUUGGAUCCAGUCUGCCUUUUUUGUGCUUCCAACGCUGGUUUCUCCGACAUCCCCAGAGUCACGCCGCAUCCGUCUGUCGGCACAUCCCUGCUGGACCGGAGGCGGGUGGGACUGCGGUUUAAACAGGAGGGGGUGUAG